AUGCAUCAGAGAUACUUUUGGACCGACCAGGGCCAACUGGCGUUCGGCGGGCACUUCAUGGCGGAAGGCGAAGGGUACUUUGCCAUGGCCGAGGACGAGCUGGCCGGCGGCCCCUACAUCCCCCUGGGCGGCGAUCUGAGCGGCGGCGACUGCGGCGGCGGCGGCGGCGGGUUUGCCGGGCAUUGCUUGGAAUACUGCGAGAGCCCCACGGCGCACUGCAACGUGCUGAACUGGGAGCAAGUGCAGCGGCUGGACGGCAUCCUGAGCGAGACCAUCCCGAUCCACGGGCGCGGCAACUUCCCCACGCUCGAGCUGCAGCCCAGCCUGAUCGUGAAGGUGGUGCGGCGGCGGCUGGCCGAGAAGCGCAUCGGCGUCCGCGACGUGCGCCUCAACGGCUCGGCCGCCAGCCACGUCCUGCACCAGGACAGCGGCCUGGGCUACAAAGACCUGGACCUCAUCUUCUGCGCCGACCUGCGUGGGGAAGAGGAGUUUCAGACUGUGAAGGACGUCGUGCUGGACUGUCUGUUGGACUUCUUACCCGAAGGGGUGAACAAGGAGAAGAUCACACCACUCACGCUCAAGGAAGCUUAUGUGCAGAAAAUGGUUAAAGUGUGCAAUGACUCUGACCGAUGGAGUCUUAUAUCCCUGUCAAACAACAGUGGCAAAAAUGUGGAACUGAAAUUUGUGGAUUCCCUCCGGAGGCAGUUUGAAUUUAGUGUAGAUUCUUUUCAAAUCAAAUUAGACUCUCUUCUCCUCUUUUAUGAAUGUUCAGAGAACCCGAUGACUGAAACGUUUCACCCCACAAUAAUCGGGGAGAGCGUCUAUGGAGAUUUCCAUGAAGCCUUUGAUCACCUUUGUAACAAGAUCAUUGCCACGCGGAACCCGGAGGAAAUCAGAGGGGGAGGCCUGUUAAAGUACUGCAAUCUCUUAGUGAGGGGCUUUAGGCCCGCCUCUGAUGAGAUCAAGACCCUUCAGAGGUAUAUGUGUUCCAGGUUUUUCAUCGACUUCUCAGACAUUGGAGAGCAGCAGAGAAAACUGGAGUCCUAUUUGCAGAACCACUUCGUGGGCUUGGAAGACCGCAAGUAUGACUAUCUCAUGACCCUUCAUGGAGUGGUGAAUGAGAGUACCGUGUGUCUGAUGGGACAUGAAAGAAGACAGACUUUAAACCUGAUCACAAUGCUGGCUAUCCGGGUGCUGGCUGACCAGAAUGUCAUCCCUAACGUGGCCAAUGUCACUUGCUAUUACCAGCCGGCCCCCUAUGUAGCAGAUGCCAACUUCAGCAAUUACUACAUUGCACAGGUCCAGCCAGUGUUCACAUGCCAGCAACAGACAUACUCCACUUGGCUACCCUGCAAUUAA